UCCGCCGCCAGGAUGAUCCCACCGGUGCAGGUCUCGCCCCUUAUCAAGUUCACCCGGUACUCGGCGCUGCUUGUGGGGAUGAUCUACGGCAAGAAACGAUACGACUACCUAAAGCCUAUUGCUGAGGAGGAGAGAAGGAUAGAGGCGGAGGAGAAGAAGAAGCGUGAGGAGCUCGAACGGAUCGCAAAGGAACUGGCAGAAGCAUCUGAAGAUUCCAUUUUGAAAUGAACAAAGGAUUGGAUCUUAAUUUUAGAUGCAUGGCUAGGCUCUGAAUGGUGUAGUGGUUGAUGGUCUCUGCAUGUUACUCUACCAAUAAAGUACUUAACAACA